AUGGGCCUAAAACUGCUGCUCGGUGCCAUUCUUCUGGCGAGCGUGGCUUUCGGCGACAAUCGAAUUGGGAGAAGUGUGGGAGCGCACGCCUGGGACAAGCUGCUACGCGCGCAGCUCUCGAAACAAGGUCACGACAUCAAGGACACUAUUUCUGAGUCUACCCGCAAGGUGGCCGUCAUCCUGUUCGACCUGCAGCUGGUUGACCGGACGAGUCUCAACUCUGGUGAACGGGCUCGGAUCUUUGAGGAUUCGGCUCGCCGUAUUGUUGAACAAUUCACCAAAUUGCCGCCAGAUGUCGAUGCGUUGAUCAAAAAACAUUGUGGAGGUAUUGCAACGCUACAGCGGAAGGAUCAAUUUUUGGACAGCUGGUGUCACAUUGCCACCCGGAUGCUCGAGGUGGAAAAUGUUGAUGAGCUGCCUUACAAGAUGGCCAACUGGACCAAAAAGUUCCCGCACGACAUGAACACCGUUAUGGUGCAGAAGCGCUGCGAGCACGAUAAUUUCCCCAAGGAACCCUACUUCAUCACGUUUUGCGACAACUUGGAUAAUUCUACGAUUAUUUACCCGGAUUUUAUCUCUGAUGUGGGAAUCGAUCUCGAGAACCUUGUCGAAAAUGGCCGCCUGCAGACUAUGGAUGAUACGAUUAUGGUGGCGAACAAGUUGCUCGAAGAUCUGGCCAAGAAGCUAGCCAAUCGUGGC